AUGAGGGCUGGCCAUACUGAGGACGGAUGCUGGAGGAAAGAAGGGAAUUGCUUGAGGUGCGGAAGCAGUGAACACCAGAUUGCCGGUUGUCCAAAAAUACAAGAAGGUGGUACACCAAGUGCUAGACAAGCCACUUCUGGAGGAAACAGGCCGAAAGUUUUUGCCAGGGUGAACGCUAUGGACGAUCAACCUGUACCUGAUUCCUCGGAGGUUGUGGAAGGUACUCUUCCAAUCUUUCACCGAUUAGUUAGAGUACUAAUUGAUCCUGGCGCAACGCAUUCAUUUGUGAAUCCAAUUUUUAUGUCCGGAAUUGAGGUACAACCUGUUAAAUUACCUUUCGAUCUUGAAGUUAGAACACCUAUGGGUAAUAGGAGUAUAAUUACUAGCCUGGCCAAUAAGAACUGCGAGUUCUGGGUUGGAGAGCGUAAGAUGCUAGUAGACCUAGUCAGUUUGGACAUAAAAGGGUAUGAUGUUAUUAUAGGAAUGGAUUUCCUAGCUCAUGACCUUGCUAAACUUGAUUGUAGAGCAAAAGUGGUGGAAUUUUGGAUUCCUGGGGAAGCAACCCUGAAAUUGGAUGUGAAAGGUAGGCUAGCAUCAUCUGCUAUGAUUUCGGGAGUUCAGGCAAGAAAAAUGUUGUAUAAAGGAGCGUAA